CCACAUGGCACAGACGGCCAGUUCACAAAGCUUCUGCCCAGCUCCGCUCUGCAAUUUCAAAACCUUGAGCGCAAGCAGAUCAGCAGGGCUGAAACUUCAAGAAAGGGGGGCGGGUGUCCAGCAUUCCUUUCAUGAACUCUGAACAGAGGGAGCCGGCCCCGCUUGUGCGCGACCAGCAUGUCUACCUUCACGUAUAAGCCCCGCCAGCAGGACCCGGGCGUGGCCACUGAGAAGUCGACGAGCUACAGCCAGGGGUAUGCGGACCGUGCAGCCGGGGCGCCCCCUGCUGCAGCCAAUGCCAGGCAUGGAGCUGGCACGUUUCCACCAUCGCAGGGAUAUGCCCCAAGUGACCGCGCCGGGGGAUAUUCGCAGUACCAGCGGCCACGCACAGUUGGGGAUGUCAUGGUGGACGCAAUCGGCGGGCUCUUCAAUGGCCUCUGGGGAGCAUCUCACACAGUAGCCAGGGUCGACUUGAAGCGGCCAUUCCGGUACAGCGGUCCCGUCAUACAUGGAGCAAGGCCCGAAGAUGAUGAGUUUACAUACCGCGGCAGGAAAGCGCGCCGUAGCCGGGCUGUAGCGACGCCACCAGGAGCAAUGUAUGUCAGCGGGCCCUACAGCGACGUAUCUCCAAGCGCUCCUCCGGCGGAGCUGGUGGACGAAUCUGGGCGGAUGGUGUCCUGGCGGGGCAGCCUGCGGGGGCCAGGUGGAGCGCGCCUCAAGCUCAUGCAGAUCUGGGACGUCGCCUCCCCCGAGGGCGACAGGCCCUCGUUCAACUUUGGUGCGGGCGUCAACUUCGACAUGGACAGCAACCGGCUGACGCCCAAGUGCCGGUUCAAGUCGGACCAGGUGGGCCUGCUGCUGCUGCCGGAGCCCGCCCUGGAGCUCAAGGGCAAGUGGCGCGUCUUUGACAGCCCACUCGCGGUGGACGUCAAGUACCAGUGCCCCGUCACCAACUUCACGCGCUUCUGGGAGAGCCCCGCUAAAGUGCGCGUGCGCUUCUUCAAUGCCAACCAUGCCGGCCUGCACAUCACCCCCGUCGGUGUCGAAUUCGAAGAUCGUGACCUCAAGCUCGGGAAGUAUGCCAGCCUGCGUGUUGCGGCGGCAGUUGAUUUCCCUCGGCAGCUGCCACUCGAAGAAGGGGAUCAAGCGCUCAAUGUCCGAGUGAGCAGGCUGGGGCUAAAGGCCAGGAUAAAUUGACACCCAUGUUAUGGUGAAACACCGGCCCACCACCAUUAUGACGUCUCAACUGCUUUUGACCUGGACAAUCACCAAGAAGGACACUUGCUGCACCGAAGUGCCAACUUUCGCUCAAGGGUGUUCUGCUCGCAUCCUUGACGAUGCGCAUGACUUAGCAUGCCCCAGAAUACGAAGCUUUUUUAAGACGUCAUGAAUCUUAAGAUAUCGUGAGAACAAGUACGUUUGCUGCAUGAAAUCAACAUGGGGGCCGCAGUUACGUAAGGUCUAUUUUGCUCAUAGUCGGACCUUGAAACGGCAUUUGCAUUAUACCCAUGCCAGGC